AUGUUCAGGCUGCUGCUCCUGCUGUUUUUAACAUGGAUGACCUCAGCGCUGGUCAGCAUACCUCUUAGACGGACGCGCUCAAUUCGUACUCGAUUGCGAGCUGAUGGCCUGCUGAAUGAGUUCCUGAAGGAUCACGCCCCUGACAUGAUUAAUCGCCGUUACGCUCAGUGCUUCCCGUCCAGCACGCCGUCACUGAGGCUCGGACGCACCAGCGAGAGGAUCUACAACUUCAUGGAUGCUCAGUUUUAUGGUGAGAUCAGUUUGGGGACUCCAGAGCAGAACUUUUCUGUGAUUUUUGACACUGGAUCAGCUGACCUCUGGGUGCCAUCAUCCUACUGCAUCAGCGAGGCCUGCGCGCUCCACAAGCGUUUCAAGGCAUUUAAAUCAGCUUCGUUCAGGCAUGAUGGUCGGAGAUUUGGGAUUUACUACGGAUCAGGUCACCUGCUUGGAACUAUGGCCAGAGACACACUGAAGAUUGGUGGUCUAACCAUCCUGAACCAAGAGUUUGGGGAGUCCGUUUUCGAACCUAGUGAAUCAUUCCUGACGGCGAAGUUUGACGGUGUUCUGGGAAUGAGUUACCAAUCCCUUGCAGAGAUUCUGGGCACCAAUGUUUUUGACAACAUGAUUGCACAGAAGCUUGUGGACCAGCCAGUGUUCUCCUUUUACCUGAGCAGAAAAACCGGCCGUACCAAUCCAGCAGGGGAACUGUUGUUAGGUGGAACAAACGAAGCGCUGUAUAUUGGACCAAUCAACUGGCAUCCUGUCACUGCCAAGGGGUAUUGGCAGAUCAAGAUGGACAGUGUAGCAGUACAAGGUGUGAACUUGUUUUGUCCAAGUGGAUGUCAGGCGAUUGUUGAUACUGGAACUUCCCUCAUUGCUGGACCAACCAAUGACAUUCUGAGGCUCCAACAGCUGAUUGGAGCAACACCCUCAAACUUGGGAGAGUUUGUUAUCGACUGUGCCAGGUUGUCCAGUUUGCCUCAGGUGACUUUUGUCCUGAAUGGAACAGAGUACACACUAACAAGUGAACAGUACAUCAGGAAGGAGACACUUGGCAGGAAUGAGUUCUGUUUCAGCGGUUUCCAGGCUAUGGACAUUUAUUCCAGCACAGACCCUCAGUGGAUUCUGGGAGAUGUAUUUCUGACAGAGUACUACUCCAUCUUUGAUAAAGGACAUGACCGGGUCGGCUUAGCACGUGCCAAACACUCUCCUGAACCAUAACUUAUUGGCGAACUCAACAGUAAAUAAAUACUGCACAAUUGAAAAGCAUUUUGUCAUUCUCUGGCCUAUUAUUGUUCUCACAUCAUUCUCCAAAUACAUCAAGGACAAACAACUGUCUAGAAACUGCUGAAUAUUGCUGACAAUACAUUAGCCAUUACUUCUGCCCCAAUGACCACAAAGUUAACAUUUUAUUUGAAAAGGUACAGUUAUUGGAGAUUUAACAGCAGCAACAGGGAUUGUACAUUCAUCACUUUAUCUACAUUUACAAAAGCACGUGUGAUUUACAGUAAUCACGGAAAGAAAGAAGAUUUUGUUCUUAUCCCCUGAGUACCAGUGUUUCAUUAAGUGUUACAGUUCCUCUAAUGGCCACCAGAUGGCAUCCAAGAAGAGUUUAUUGAAGUGGAUGAGAAACCCCCCUCCCCCCCAUUCUUUCAGCAUAAACAGCUAACUUGAAAUGUUCUCAUGUGGGCUGGAAAUUAUUCUUCAGCUAGAAAAAUCACAAAGAUACAUAGGCUUGUUUUUUUGUUGUUGUUGUUGUUUGUUUGGGGUUUUUUUGCACACGUUUCAACUCUAAUAAUUGUUGAUUAUUUUGUCUCAUUUUGCCUCAUUUCAAAUUUUUUAAGGAAUCAUCUAUGGGGGUUUUGUAAUCUUUGGAAUACCAGGAUUAAAGAGUAAUUCCAGCAAAUUUAUUUUUAAUGUGCUACUUAACGUCUCAUUGGGCCAUACUUAAUUUGCACAUUCUGAUACAAAAAUUCAGGAAAAAGAAAAUUCACACAAAACACCAUAUGGUGAGUUAAACAGCACAAUUUUUAUGCAUCUUUAUGAAAAAAAAAAUUGCAUUUGGACUGUAGAUGAAUAUGCAGAUAAUUAGCUUAAAUCGGCAGUUGCCCUGGAUGAAGUUCCUGAAUUGAGAUGGCAAAAUGAAUGAUCUAAGAGAUGGAUUUCAGUGUUUAACCAUCCAGAGUCUGGCUCAUCACAGUGAUUCAUGAUUUCCCAUUUUAAAUUUGAAGUUCACCAUUUAGUACACGGGUUUACAAGGGUACACGUUUUAAACUUGUUCAGUUUCCAAGGUAUUUCAGUCAAGUAAUUAAGAUUGGGCAUAAAUAUAUUGUUGGAU